AUGUUCACAGGCACCGCACUGGCCGUGGCCACCGCGUCGCUCGCGACCAACACGCUCUCGGCAGCAUGGGCAAAAACCCAGGCGCUGCGCCGCCGCCGCGCAAUCGCCCCGCCCCCCGACCCCGACCCGCUGCCCCCCUCGCCCAGGCUGAGCCGGGACGACAUGGACCCGCUCGCGGCGCGGCUCGCUCCGCGUGUCGUGCGCACCGCGUCCGACGCAGCCCUCUGCCUCAAGCUGUACCGCGGGCCCGUAUUCGCCGAAUACCCCGUGUCCGUGAUCCGUUCGUAUGUCGACCACAAGCUCGUGCGCGGCCGCAAGCCAGGCGACAUUGCGCGCAAGCUUGAAAUUCUCGAGGCGGAGUUCGCUCGGUCCUUCGCCGCCGUCAGGUUCUUCAAAGGGCUGGGGCCCUCGCACGUCAUUGACAUGGACUUUCCCCCCGUGUUUGACGACUCGGCGGCGGCAGAGGCGGCCGUCGCGGCGGCGAGUCGCCUGUCGACACAUGUGCACAUGAGCCACAGCAGCGGGGCUGGAGCCGACUGGGGGCCUGGGGGCGGGGCAAGAGGCAGGGGCGAUCGGCGGCGCGGUGGCGGCGGCGGCGCCACGAGCAGAGUGCGCGCCGCGCCUGCCCCGACAACAACAGCGACAGCGGCAACAGGGCCCAAGCCACCAUCAACCUCGCCGUCGUCGGAUACGCUGACCCCCGCGCCACCGGUGCUGCAGCCGCCCAAGCCGCUCGCGACGCCGCCGCAGACGCCGCGCCCGCGCGCCUUCCACCGUCUCGACGACCACUAG